AUGACCAUCAAAACAACCAGAUCUGAAUCAAGUCUUCGUUCAUUGCGUCCCAAGAAGUUGGAACGUCGUGACCUGCAGCUUGCCGUCCCAGGCAACAAAAUCAGGAGAAUGUCGUUGCGCAAGGUCGAUGGCUCCAAGGAACCAAGUGGCGAGGGCACUUUCAUGAGAGAAAGGUAUCCGUCAGCAUCAUUGCAGCGUCCACUCGUGGUCGAAUACUACAAGUUAAACGAUCUUGCGGGUGAAGACUCCGUCCGGGUACCUCCUCGGCUUCCAAUUACCCAAAACGGGGAAGCUAGGAGAGACCCGCGGUUUACAUCAUCGUUCAGGACCUUGGACCAUGACCAAAAGGUGGAAGAGCUGGAAAGCUAUGUCGACGAAGUAAGAUGGUUCAUCCAGAGAGUGUCCAAGGAAGUGGUAUUCGAAAACGAGGUUUAUCCGCUUCACGUUGCCAUGUACAGAAUAUUCAUGGUGCUGCAAGAAGACCCAUCUUAUCAGUAUGAUAAGCUGCCACAAAGUGAUAGAAAGCUUUUGUUUGAUUGUUGUGUGGAAUCUUUCAUGCGACGACAACAGGAAUACGCAGAACAGACAUAUCUGGAUUCUGCCUAA